GCGCUCCCGCGAUGCGCAGCCCCAGCGCUGCGCGGGUCGGACCGCAACGCGCGGGCUGGGCGGUGGCGCUGCGCUCCCCUGGUAGCCUGGGGCAUUCUAACCUGCACUUUUGUGUUUUAAUGCAGAGGCCAGUAUUCCGCCAUGGAGCAUGUCUUUACCCCGCUGGAGCCCCUGCUUCCCGCUGGAAGUUUGAAGUUCUGCCUUAUGAUUCUUAAUCAGCCUCUGGACAAGUGUUUUCGUCAUCUUUGGGAAAAAGCUCUUUUAAGAGCCUGUGCUGAUGGAGGUGCCAACCGCUUAUAUGAUAUCACCGGAGGAGAGAGAGAAAGGUUUUUGCCUGAAUUCAUCAAUGGAGACUUUGAUUCCAUCAGGCCUGAAGUGCGAGAGUUCUACAGUGUUAAGGGGUGUGAGCUUCUUUCAACUCCAGAUCAAGACCACACUGACUUUACCAAGUGCCUUAAAGUGCUCCAAAAGAAGAUAGAAGAAAAAGACCUACAGGUGGACGUGAUCGUGACACUGGGAGGCCUUGCUGGGCGUUUUGACCAGAUCAUGGCGUCUGUGAACACCCUGUUCCAAGCCACUCACAUCACGCCUCUGCCAGUUAUCAUGAUCCAAGAGGAAUCUCUCAUCUACCUUCUCCAGCCAGUAAGUGAAAAAGGAAAGCACAGGUUGCACGUGGACACUGGGAUGGAAGGAAGUUGGUGCGGCCUCAUUCCUGUUGGACAGCCGUGCGAUCAUGUGACAACCACAGGCCUGAAGUGGAACCUCACAAAUGAUGUGCUUGGUUUCGGAACACUGGUCAGUACUUCUAAUACCUACGAUGGGUCUGGUGUUGUGACUGUGGAGACCAGCCAUCCGCUCCUCUGGACCAUGGCUAUCAAAAACUAACCUGCUGACGGGCAUCUACUGGUGUGCCUCUGCCUUACCUUAUUGCCAAUGGUUUAUUACUUUACAUGAACAGUUCAACCAGGUUUGCAGGAAUCUAAACUUCUGCAUGGAAGCCCACUUGUUUCAAUGAUGUGAGGGGCUGAGGACAUAAUUCUAUGAUAGAGCACUUUUCUAGCAUGCACAGGGCCUUGGGUUUGACCCACCGCACCACAAAACAUGAAUAAAAUAAACAAAGAUGUUACUGUUUAGAUAAUCCAAGUGACACUAUAAAUGAUAGAUCUCAAUUUUAAUGUGGAAAAAUUAUGUGUUAUGAAAGUAAAUCAACUCUAUUACAUUGAUUGGAAAGCUCAUGUGGAUCAUUCCAUUGUAAAAAAAAAAUCUGUACUGAUUAUUUAAUCUUUCCAUUUAUCUUCAAAUACUUCUUUUAAUUUUGAAGCAGAAAAAACUUCUGUUGAGGUUCCUCUUAGAAUCUAGGCCAUCCUUAAAUGCUUGACAAUGAGGGCUGCCUCUGAGUAUCUCCUAAUGUUAAUUUUCUACAUAAUACAAUGUUACCUUUUACCUGCAAAAAAGAAAUUCUUCCAUAUUGGUGUGUUAGAACUGAACCAUUUCACCCUGACCUCAUUGCUAUCUUUAGCAUAAAUAAUAAGUCAAGAAUAAUUGGCCUAACUGUUAGAUUUGAAAAUGGUUUUGCAGUCUGUGGGUGAAAGAUAAAUGACAAUUCAUGUUACCCUGCUUCUGCGUUAAACACCAAUUUGAAAGUAUGAUUGCUAAGUUUUUGUGUGGUGGUGAUAAUCAUCAUCAUUACAACCUAGAUAAAAAAAGAUGUGCAGGGGGAAAUUAACAUAAAAAUUAACUUGUUUUGACAUACCUCAGCCUUAAAAAAAAAAAUUAUGGUUCAUAGGCCAGUAUUUAUUCAAAUGACCAGAAAUUGAAUCUAAGAUGAUCAAUGAAUAUUGUAUACCAAGGAGACAGAACCUGAAGCCAGUGUUCUUGUUCCAGUCUACUAUCAGUCUAAGUUCCCUGGACCCCCGUCCUUAGCUAUGAAAUAGGAGGGGCUGGACACUGUGUAUCCGAGGUUCCUUCCACACUCCUCAGUGCUCACAUUAGCACUUGUAAGUUACUGACAUGGCCAGCUUCAUCUAUCUAGUACAUCAAAAUGUAUUCAGCCAGGCAUGGUGGCGCACACCUAAAAUCCCAGAGGCUCAGGAGGCUGGGGCAGGAGAAUAACAAGUUCAAAACAACAGCAAGGUGUUAAGCAACUCAGUGAGACCCUGUCUCUAAAUAAAAUACAAAAUAGGGCUUAGGAUAUGACUUGAUGGUUGAGUGCCCCUGAGUUCAAUCUCCAGUUCAAAAAAAAAAAUGUAUUCAUGUCUCUCUUAUGUAGAGACCCUCCUAUCUCUUCUACCCUUCCCUAUUGUAUUUACCAAACCCAAUCUUGCCAUACAAUCCACAGUUUAAGGAGAACCUGCCCAAUGUGUUCCAUGUACAGAGAGUGCCUAUGUCACUAUAAGGAAAGUGACCAACAACUGUUUUCUUCUCGGUGCUACACCAGGGUGAUGCUCAGAUUGCAAAUAGAGAAUUAAAAGGGAUCAGUUAACUAUCUUGUGAUUCUGAGCAGAUAAUCAUUAAAAAUAGUUUUUGAUUAUGUUAUGCAAAUAUAUAAGUUAAAAAUCCAGAUGUCAAAUAAAAAAUUAUCAAUGUUCA